AUGGCGGUCAAUACGACAGUGGUGGCUGGCUGUCCGGCGGCAAUGAAAGCGACGUCGAACGGCGUGUUUCAAGGCGACAACCCUCUCGACUUUGCUCUCCCUUUGGCUAUUCUUCAAAUAUGUUUGGUAGUGAUUCUUACGCGUCUUCUUGGUUUGCUUCUCCGACCGCUUAGACAACCUCGAGUCAUUGCUGAGAUUGUCGGCGGAAUAUUGCUGGGACCGUCGGCGGUAGGGCGGAGCCACGAAUUCCUACACAGAGUAUUUCCGGCGAAAAGCUUAUCGGUUUUGGACACGUUGGCGAAUUUGGGUCUUUUGUUCUUCCUAUUUCUGGUGGGGUUGGAGUUAGAUCCCCACUCCCUCCGCCGUACCGGAAAGGGUGCAAUGUCUAUAGCCGCCGCCGGAAUCACCCUCCCUUUCCUCCUCGGCAUUGGCACCUCCUAUGUCCUCCGCUCCACCAUCUCCAAAGGCGUCGACGGCCCUCCUUUUCUCGUUUUCAUGGGCGUAGCUCUCUCCAUUACUGCUUUCCCUGUCCUCGCCCGCAUCCUCGCCGAGCUCAAGCUCUUAACCACCAACGUUGGUCGAAUGGCUAUGUCCGCCGCCGCCGUUAACGACGUCGCCGCCUGGAUUCUCCUCGCCCUUGCCAUCGCCCUCUCCGGCACCGGCAACUCCCCUCUUGUUGCCCUCUGGGUCUUCCUCUGUGGCUCUGGUUUUGUCCUGCUCUGCUUCUUCACUCUCCCGCCGGUCUUCCGGUGGAUAUCUCUCCGUUGCGCCGACGGCGAGCCGGUUAGCGAACUCUACAUUUGCGCCACUUUAUCCACCGUCUUGGCCGCUGGAUUCAUCACCGAUUUAAUCGGAAUCCAUGCUCUGUUCGGCGCUUUCGUCGUCGGCGUCCUCGUCCCAAAAGACGGCCCACUCGCCGGAGCUCUCGUCGAGAAAGUCGAAGAUCUGGUCUCGGGGUUAUUCCUCCCUCUGUAUUUCGUAUCAAGUGGAUUGAAAACCGACAUUACGACAAUCAAAGGAGCUCAAUCAUGGGGUCUUCUCGUACUCGUCGUUGUCACCGCUUGUUUUGGGAAAAUCAUCGGCACAAUAUCAGUGGCUCUGCUUUGCAAGAUGCCAUUCCGUGAAUCUCUGGCUUUAGGAUUCUUAAUGAACACAAAAGGGCUUGUGGAAUUGAUCGUCCUCAACAUUGGGAAAGACAGAAAAGUUUUAAACGAACAAACCUUUGCAAUUCUUGUUCUAAUGGCGAUCAUCACAACCUUCAUCACUACCCCAAUUGUAAUGGCGGUUUACAAGCCGGCCAAAAAACAGAGCAAAUCCGAUUACACGAACAGGACAAUCGAGCGCCAGGACACCAAUUCUGAGCUGCGGAUUUUGGCUUGCUUUCACUCUGUUACCAAUAUCCCUUCAAUUUUGAAUCUAAUUGAGGUUUCCCGUGGGACGGAGGGGAAAGAAGCCCGUGGUCGGCGGCUUUGCGUUUACGCAAUGCAUUUAAUGGAGCUGACGGAGAGGUCGUCCGCCAUUGUUAUGGUCCACCGAGCUCGAAAAAAUGGCCUACCCUUCUGGAAUAAAGGAGGAAAGUCCGAUUCCGACCAAAUCGUUGUGGCAUUUGAGGCUUUUCAGCAACUAAGUCGAGUGUCUAUUCGUCCAAUGACAGCGAUUUCUCCGUUCUCCAACAUGCACGAAGAUGUCUGCAACAGCGCCGAGAGGAAACGCGCCGCCAUUAUCAUCCUCCCAUUCCACAAACACCAAAGGUUCGAUGGAUCUUUGGAGACGACACGAGCUGAUUUCCGAUGGGUAAAUCAAAAAGUGCUAGAGCAGCCACCAUGCUCUGUCGGGAUCUUGGUCGACAGAGGUUUAGGAGGCGGUUCCCAUAUCUGUGCUAGCAAUGUCUCAUCCACCAUAACCGUCUUCUUCUUCGGCGGCCGAGACGACCGUGAAGCUCUCGCCUACGGUCGGAGAAUGGCAGAGCAUCCGGGAAUAACACUAAACGUGGUUCGCUUCCUUCCCAGCUCCGACAUGGGCGUGGAAUCCACGGUGGUUGACAUUGAUCAAACAAUACUGACGGAGUUCAAGGAGAAGAAAACAGAGGACGAGUCGGUGAGGUACGAGGAGAGGGCGGUGGGGAAAGGCAGCGAGGCGGUUGAAGUAAUCAAGGAGUUCAGUCGAUGCCAUUUGAUAUUGGUCGGUCAGGCGCCGGAAGGGCCAGUCUUUGAGAGCCUCCAUUUGAAGAUCAAUGCCGAGUUCUCGGAGUUGGGUCCCGUCGGCGGCUUGUUGACAUCACCGGAGCUCUCGACGGCAGCUUCCGUGUUGGUGGUGCAACAGUUUCGAGGUCCGUUGGUGCCAUCUCCGUCGACGUCCACAGCCAUGGUCUUGCCGGAAGACGUUGAGUAAAUAUUUUUGAAAAUUUUAAU